UUUAGGCAUAAAACAUUUUUUUUUUUUAUUAUCAAUCACUGUAGAUCUUUUUCUUCUGAUUAAAACUCCUUUCUCAAAACUACACAGCGCACCUUUAAUAAAUCUGAGUCUCUAUUUCCAGCCCAGCACCCUCUGCAUUAAGUCAAGGUGCAGUUUGGAGAGGGAGCCCUGUCCCCCCCCACCCCCCAUGCACAAAUGGCCACUAAACUAUUAAUGAUUUUGCGCGCUUGCUGCUCCCUAACUCCACUUCGAAAGCGAAGCGCUUAUCUCCCGUAUUCAGUAGUUAGGAGGCUGCCUGUGCGUCCUCAGUGAUGCGUCACACGAAUAGGUGCGGUUUGCGCAGCGCAACUCCCCAAAUAGUCCAUAUCUGUCUGGUUAGUGCACCGACACGCAGGCACUUCGGCAGCAGCUAUGAUUAGAUUCUGUAACUUUUGUUUCCACCUUGCAGUUUUGGAGUAGAAGUUCGUUCUGGGGAUGGAGCGUCCACCUACAGCGCUCCCUCACACGGAUCACCCUUGAACAGGAACCAGUCGAGAGCUUGCGUGAGUCCCCGGCGGCUCUGAUGUCGUGCAGCUGCAACAACCUCGAUCGAAAACCGCUGGACAAGAGCCGGGAGCAGGUUACACACAUCCAAAUAUGCGCGUAACUGGAGUGCACUGGCGAGGCGUCCCUUGCACCCCGACCGAGACAACGUUGUCGUGAUGUACAAUACUUCGGGAAUUGAGCUCACUCUUAACAAGAAGGAGGAUAUUUCCGAAGUUAUCAAUGGCACCGUGCAGCUUCUCCACAACGCCCUCACCGCCAGUCCCACAACCAUGUGGAACGAGUCGUGCGGGGAGCAGCUGCAGGAUUUCGGGCGCCCGGAGAAGAUCAUCAUCGGGGUGAUGCUGGCGAUCAUCACGGCGGUCACCGUGAUGGGCAACACGCUGGUGGUGAUCGCGGUGUGCGUGGUGAAGAAGCUGAGGCAACCGUCGAACUACCUGCUGGUGUCCCUGGCAGUGGCGGACCUGUCCGUGGCCAUAGUUGUGAUGCCGUUUGUGAUAGUGACGGACCUCACCGGGGGCAAGUGGCUCUUUGGAGACACGUUCUGCAACAUCUUCAUCGGCAUGGAUGUAAUGUGCUGCACUGCCUCCAUCAUGACGCUGUGUGUGAUCAGCGUCGACAGAUAUUUGGGGAUCACACGGCCCCUCACCUACCCGGCGCGGCAGAACGGUCAGCUGAUGGCAAAGAUGAUCCUGGGAGUUUGGCUGGCUUCAGCCUCCAUCACCCUGCCACCUUUCUGCGGCUGGGCUAAAAACGUCCACACAGCCGGCGUGUGCCUCAUUAGCCAAGACUUUGGCUACACCAUCUAUUCCACAGCUGUAGCCUUCUACAUCCCUAUGCUGGUCAUGCUGGUCAUGUACUACAAGAUCUUCAGGGCAGCUCGCAAGAGUGGCGCCAAGCACCGCUUCACUGACCUUUCGCGCCGGGAGCGCCUUGAAACAGUGGCUAAUGAGGCACUGCGGAUGCAGGGCCUGAAGCCGCCCGGUGUGGCGGAGGACUGUGCCGCCUUGUCCCGCCUGCUGAACCGUGAGCGCAGAAACAUCUCCAUCUUCAAACGGGAGCAGAAAGCGGCGACAACACUGGGGGUCAUUGUGGGGGUCUUUGCCGUGUGCUGGCUGCCAUUCUUCAUCCUGUCCACUGCCAGGCCCUUUAUCUGUGGAGUGGAGUGUAGCUGUGUGCCAAUCUGGCUGGAGCGCACGCUGCUCUGGUUAGGCUACGCCAACUCCCUAAUGAACCCCUUCAUCUACGCCUUCUUCAAUCGAGACCUGCGGUCCACUUAUCGUGACCUUCUCCGCUGUCGUUAUCGCAACAUCAACCGCCGUCUGUCCGCUGUGGGCGUGCACGAGGCUCUUAAGGUUUAAAGCAGAGUACCUCAGCAGCCUGUAUUGACUCUCUAAAAGAGGGGUAUGGUGGCCCUGUGCUUCUACAGUCAGUGCUUAAAGGGCGACGUGAACACAGGCCUGUAGAUAAGACAAACAAUGACAGAAUGCGAGUCACUGUUGGUGGCUCUAUAGCCCCUCUGCAAAGGCAGAGAGACAGCAUGAUCACUUCGGUGUGUGUGUGACUCAGUCAUUCUAUUUUGGGAAAGAAAAUCAUAGAGCGUACUUGAUGCGCCAUUCAAGUCGACACUGCUUUUGUGCAUAUGCCACAAUUCCGUCCUGGCUCCGGAUUUAUGGUAGGAUAAUGUGGUGACAAAGGAAAUGACAUGUAAACACAAUCCAUCAUCCGGGGGCUUUCAAAGGGAACAGAAAGCGAACAGAUUUCUGUAUAUUAACAAAACUGAUGUCUGAUAAUGAAAAACAUUUGUUGUAUUGCGUAACGUCUUCUGAACAUCUUUAUCUUGACAUGCAUUUGAGCCCAUCCUAGACUGAUUUCAAAACAGAAAGUGAAACACUUGGAGGUGUAUUGUGCUUUUUGCCAGGAUUCGAUAUUAUUUGUAUCACUUCAGUCAUAGCUUUCAAUUUGGCCCUCUCGCUAAAUUUAACAGGAGCACCGUAAAUAUUUCACAAAUGUUUAAAGAUGUGGCGAUGCCAAGGGAAUGGAGGUGGGUGGAGAAUUGUGCUAAAAAGCAUUUUCCAUUCAUGAAAUCUCAGUGUUUGUCGCUAUAAAAAAAGAAACUGAAAGUAUUCUGUGUAGUGUCUGCAUGAAACAUACUUGUCUUACACGCCACUGUAUACAUAGGUACUAAAAAGGUUUUGAAUAGUAGAUGACUAUUUGGAAGAAGUGUUUCCAUGUUUCACCCAAGCACUUGAUCGCACACUUGAGUUCAAAGUCAAUACUGUAUGUGACAUCAAACCUUGAUGCUGUGGACUUUUAUCACUUGUGUCAAUUUUUGCCUUCAUUGAUUUCGUUCCACAUGUCGAUGCUGGACCUCGUCGGUUUUAAACAGCCACUGCAGCUACACCAACUCUGCAGUUUCACAUGUUCUCGAGACUCAUUUGCUCCACUGGUUGUCAGAAGUGUUUCUUGUUCCCUUUUUGAACCAGGAUCACUUCACUGCUGACCACAAUCCAGUUUGAACUCUUUGGGGAACCUGUAUGAACUCGUGUCAAAUCAGUAAUCCAUCCAGCAGUGUGUGCUUUUUCUACCUCGAUUUUUGAAAAUACUGUACAAUUACUCCAAACAGAUGUACCGGUGUCUUUCAUCGUUUUGUAAUUAACUGCUAUUUUAUAUUGUGUGAGAUCGAUCUGUCUACAACGGCUCUGUAAUUGCUCUGUCUGACCGCUUUGUCAUUACCCUCAGAAAGAAGCUGUGGGAGUGGCAAAGCAUGUCAUCACUUUGUAAAUAAAGAAACAC